AUGGAGCCCCCUAGCACGUCCGUCACGCAGGACAUGACGCUCCCCCUGACGCACUACUACAUCAACGCGUCGCACAACACGUACCUCGACGGGGACCAGCUCGCGUCGCGGUCGACGCCCCUCGCCGUCGCGCGCGCGCUCCGCCUCGGGUGCCGCGUCGUCGAGCUCGACUGCUACGACCACGAAGGCACGGUCGCGGUCACGCACGGCGGCACGCUCACGACGCACUGCGCCUUCGAGGUCAUGGUCGAGGCCAUCCGGGACAACGCCUUCGAGGCGUCGGCCUACCCCGUCAUCGUCACGCUGGAGAACCACUGCAAGGCCGCGGGCCAGUCGAUCAUCGCAAAGACGCUCCGCGACGUGCUCGGCGACGCGCUGUACACGCCGACGCCGGGCGACGCCAUCUCGCCCGCGUUCCUCGAGGGCAAGCGCCUCCUCGAGACGCGGAAAUCGCUCGGCGAGGGUUCGACAAAGUUCGCGGCCGGCGACGCGGAGCGGGUCGCGGCGUCGGGCCUCAAGUCGCUCAUCCUCAUCCACAACGUCAAGACGACGCGCGACGGCGCGGGCCACCUCACGGACACGGCGGCGCGCGUCGGCGAGGCGUCGGCCGCGCCCGCGCUCGGGUCGAGUUCCUGGAGCGAGGCGAAGCUCAAAAAGCACGCGAGGGCGUCGCCCGCGGAGCUCGCGGACUGGUGCCGCACGUCGCUGGCCCGCGUCUACCCCGCGGGCCACCGCAUCGACAGCUCGAACUACGACCCGUCGCCCGCCUGGGCGUCGGGCUGCCAGCUCGCGGCGCUCAACGUGCAGGCGAAGGACCACGACGGCCCCGCGUACGUCAACUUCGGCAAGUUCCUCGCGAACGGCCGCUGCGGCUACGUGCUCAAGCCCGCGUACCUGCGGGGCGACGGCGCGGGCGCCUUCGCGGCGCGCGCCGCCGCCGGCGACCUGCCGCCCGCCGCGCGGCUCACGGUCGCCGUGUCCGGCGCGCGCGGCUGGACCGGCGGCUGGGGCGUCGAGAAGGCGCCGGACGUCUACGUCAAGGUCGUACUGAGCGGCGGGCCCCACCAGGACGCCAGGACCGCGCGCACGUCCGUCGUCGAGGACGCGACGACCUGCGCCUGGGACGCGUCCGAGGCCAAGGUCUUCGACGUCGCCGCGCCCGAGCUCGCCGUCGUCGCCAUCGAGUGCUGGGACGACGACAAGCUGAGCGGCGACGACUUCAUGGGCGUCGUCGCCGUGCCCCUCGCCGAGGUGGCCAAGGACAAGAUGCUCACGCUGCCCUUGCUCGGCGCGAACCUCGCGCCCUGGUCCCGCGGCAGCCCCGUCGUCGACGUGACCUUCGGCUACGAGGUCCUCGCCGACGGCGUCGCCGACAUGUAG